GUCAAGAAACAGUGAAAAGAUUAGAAAAAAAACAAAAAAAUCAAAGAGCAACGAAAUCAGUAAGAAAAAUAAAGAAAAGAAGAAAAAAGAAAGACUGUAGAAAAUCUAGAAAAAGCUUAGAAAUCUAGAAAACCUAGAACAUCUACGGAGAAGUUAGAAAAUGGCCGAGAACCUCUAUCAAUAGAGGUUCUUUGAGAAGUUCUUGAAUAUUUUAACUUAAGUGACCCAAUAUGCACAGACCGACGCUAGUUGUUGUUGGCUACACCCAGGCGGCAUCUUCCUCCUCGAAGCGACAAGUUUUGGAAGAAGAAGGCGACAGCCAUGCGGAAUACGCGGACGAGAGCCUUAUCAUGCUGAAAACUGCUCCUACCACGGAACGGGGAAGUGUCUCGGGCAUUACAAAGCUUUCCGAUGGGAGCAGAUACUUAUCAACUUGCAAAUGCUAG